AUGAAAGAAAAUGAUACUUCAACUUCAUCAGCUCAACCAUUUAACGAAAUGUUCACAGAUUCUAUUACAAGAUCGAGUAGCCCAACAUUAGAAAUAAGUACAAGUGCAAGAAGUGAUAUCAAAAUUUAUGAUAACCCUACCUUUAAAAAAGCUAAAUUUGGUCGAAAGGGUGGCUCAACAUCAAAUUUGAUAUCUCAUCUUUCAAAUAUCCAUGGCAUUACAAAGGAUGGACCCAAGUUAUCUGAACAUGAUGAUGUAAAUAAACUAUUAAAUUAA